UUACAUACUCCUAAGGAGGCUACGUAAACCUUCGAAGGAGUCGUCACAAAUCUUGUUUUCUCAAAAGAAUAACGAACAGCUCUUAUCUUUAAAAAAAACAAAUAUAUAUCCUAAGAGCUGUUCAAGUUCAAAAACAAUUUGAUUAAUAGAAUUCAAUAAAAAAAAAGAAAAAAAAGACAAAUAUGUCAUACUACGACGAUGACUCCAAGAGGAAGAGAAGGUAUGUUAUCAUCUCAAUCUCCUCUGUUCUUCUCAUCUCCAUGGUGGUGGCCGUUACCGUCGGUGUCAGCCUCAACAAGAACGAAGGCAACGGUGACUCUGACGCACAGAUAACGUCUUCCGUCAAAGCCGUUAAAGACGUAUGUGCACCAACGGACUUCAAAAAGACAUGCGAAGACAGUUUAAACAAGAACGGUAACAACACGACCGACCCGAUCGAGUUGGUCAAGACAGCGUUUAGCGCAACGAUGAAGCAGAUCACAGCCGCGGCUAAGAAGUCGCAGACCAUGAUGGAGCUUCAGAAGGAUCCAAGGACAAAGAUGGCUCUUGAUCAGUGCAAGGAGCUUAUGGAUUACGCCUUGGGAGAGCUCAGCAACUCUUUCGAGGAGCUUGGUAAGUUCGAGUUCCAUUUACUCGACGAGGCUUUGAUCAACCUAAGGAUCUGGCUCAGCGCGGCGAUAAGCCACGAGGAGACUUGCCUCGAAGGGUUCCAAGGGACGCAAGGAAACGCUGGAGAGACCAUGAAGAAAGCGUUGAAAACCGCUAUCGAGCUGACACGCAACGGGCUAGCAAUCAUCAGCGAAAUGUCGAAUUUCGUGGGACAGAUGGGGAUUCCUGAGUUCAACAGCCGCAGGCUGUUGUCUCAGGAAAUGCCCUCGUGGGUGGACCAGCGAGGGCGUAGGCUCUUGCAAGCUGCUGCUCCGUAUUCGGAUGCUAAGCCCGAUAUAGUGGUGGCUCAGGACGGGAGCGGUCAGUAUAAAACGAUCAACGAGGCUCUGAUGUUCGUCCCUAAGAAGAAGAACACGACCUUCGUGGUUUACAUUAAGGCUGGUGUCUACCAAGAGUACGUUCAGAUCAACAAGAGCAUGACUCAUCUUGUGUUCCUCGGUGAUGGUCCGGAGAAAACUAUCAUAUCCGGUAACAAGAAUUACAAGGACGGUAUCACUACCUACCGUACCCAAACUGUUGCUAUCAUUGGAGACAAAUUCAUUGCCAAGAACAUGGGAUUCGUUAACACAGCUGGUGCAGCUAACUUCCAAGCUGUUGCGGUCAGAGUUCAAUCAGACGAGUCCAUCUUUUUCAACUGUAGAUUCGACGGCUACCAAGACACCCUCUACGCUCACUCUCACCGUCAGUUCUACCGUGACUGUACCAUCUCAGGCACUAUCGAUUUCCUCUUUGGAGACGCGGCUGCUGUGUUCCAAAACUGUACUUUGCUAGUGAGGAAGCCGCUUCCGAACCAGGCGUGCCCGAUCACAGCCCACGGUCGUACUGACGCGAGGGAAGCAACAGGGUUUGUGUUCCAGGGAUGUACUAUUGCCGGGGAGCCGGAUUACUUGGCGGUCAAGACAACUAGCAAAGCCUAUCUUGGAAGGCCGUGGAGAGAGUUUUCAAGGACUAUUUUCUUGGGCAGUUUCCUCCCUGAUUUCAUCCAGCCACAAGGAUGGAUGCCGUGGAUGGGGACCUUUGGUCUUGACACGUUGUUCUACUCUGAGGCUCAGAACACAGGACCGGGAGCAGGACUUGCUAACCGGGUUACUUGGGCUGGAAUCAAGAAGUUGAGUAACGAAGAGAUCCUCAAGUUCACACCGGCUCAGUACAUUCAAGGUGACCUUUGGAUUCCAGGCAAAGGUGUUCCUUACACUCCUGGCCUCUUGGCUGCCAAUCCUAAUGCUGCAACCACAACCCCAAGCGCCUCAGCUGCUUCAGGUACCUCCUCCUCCACGGGCACAAGUGGUGCUGGCUCGGUUUCUCCAUCAGCUGCUCCUGUUUCUCAAGUAGCUUCCCAAGUUUCUCCAGCAACUGCCCCAGUUGCUUCUCCAGCAGCUGCCCCAGUUGUUUCUCCAGCAGCUGCCCCGGAAGGUUCUUUGAAGAUGGCUUCAACAGGGACAAGUGGUGCUGUCUCGGUUUCUCCAGCAUCUGCCCCGGAAGGUUCUAUCAUGAUGGCUUCAAUGGAGAGACCUGGUGCUAGCUCAGUUUCUCCAGUUUCUCCAGCAGCUGCCCCGGAAGGUUCUAUCAUGAUGGCUUCAAUGGAGAGACCUGGUGCUGGCUCAGUUUCUUCAGCAGCUGCUCCGGAAAGUUCUAUCAUGAUGGCUUCAAUGGAGAGACCUGGUGCUGGCUCAGUUUCUCCAGUAGCUGCCCCAGAAGUUUCCAUCAAGGUGGCUUCAUCGGAGACAACUCAGACAAGUGAAGUUUCUAUCAUGAUGGCUUCAAUGGAGAGACCUGGUGCUGCUGCCCCGGUUUAUCCACCACCUCCUCCCUUUUAUCCUGACAUUGCAUUGUCUAACUAAAAGAUCCAUUAAGAUGCCAUAUGAUGUCUUUUUUUUUCUUACUAAAACCUGGAUACAAAAAACAUUUGCAUAACCUUGAAGAAUUCAGGAUUAUUGAUCUA